AUGAGUGACAGUAGUGAGGAUUCUAGUAAGUCCAUUGAAUGCGAAAAGGAGAAGGAGAUUGUUGAAGCCAAGAAAGAGGAGAAGAAAGCUAAAAAAGAAAAGAAAGAGAAAAGGAGAAGAAACACCAUCACAAACAUCAUAA